AAAAAUUAAAUAUUAUUACUUAUCUUGAGGAAAAUGAAAUAAGCAUUAAAGAAGUGUCCAAAAAAUUUAAUAUUCAACCUAAUCAAUUACGUGAUUGGAUUCAUAAUAAAGAAAUGUUAAUUAAAGCUUCACCCAAUACUUUUAAACUACAUAACAGAUGCUUGCCCUACUGUUUACAAAUUGAAGAAACCUUAUAUCAUUGGAUUACAGAACAAUGUCAAUUACAAAAUCCCAUCACCCAAGAAUUGGUAACUGUAAAGGCAGCCUCACUUACCCAAAAUACGGCAUUUCAAAAUCUUCUGG